UGCUCAUAGUGAUUUUGGUCCUUGGACAGCCGACUCGUACCGUGCCGUCCUUGAACGCUUUUCUUGCUGAUUAGAUUCCUUCACAAAAAAUACAGUAUCUUGGCAUAGUUUUUAUUUUAGUUUUUCUUGCUUUGCGAGAAGCGUACGGGCCAUCUGUACGCAACGGGUAACUGGUACGAUCCGUACUGUACUGUACUGUACGAAAAAUCUUUUUUAACCGACCGAUAAAGGAAAAAAAAGAAAGAAGCCUUGCUUCCCAAACAAAACACAAAUCGCAUCAAAAACGGAACAGCACGGACCAGCACAGAAUUGAAUCGAUGAACAAAAACCGCUCACUCCCUCUAUUCCUCUCGACAGCCACCGCGUACGCCUUCGGCUUCCUGCUGUGGAUGACAGCCACCACCAUCAAGGAAUGUGGCGGUACCGUUCUUGCCCUUGCCCUUGCCACUCCACCUACCACCAUUCCCGUCGCCGUUUUGGGGGCCACCGGAAGGCUCGGGAAAGAAACCGUCGGGGCCCUGCUAGAGAGGGGCAUCCCCGUCCGGGCCCUGGUCCGGCCCUCGUCGGUCGAGAAGCUGAAGCAGCAGCAGAAUCAGAAUGAGCUACCAGGCGACGGAAUCGGUAUCCUGGACCACCCCCAAGUGGAAAUCAUCGAGGGGGAGCUUCUCGAUACGCCCGCUUCCGGAACCUACAGCGACGACACGGUCUUGCCUUCCGAGGAGCUCGUGGAAUGCCUGACCGGGUGCUCCGUCUGCAUUGCCUGCUACGGUGCCACCCGCAAAACGAAACCCUCGGAGCUGCUGUCCUGGGUGUUGUCGACGAAGAGCAACGAUGACGAACCCGACCCCUCGGAGGACACCGAUCCGAUCCACCCCAAGCAAAUCAACUACCGGAGCAUGCUUGCUCUGGGGAAGGCCUGCGAACGGAUCAACAGCAGCAACAACAACAACAAGGACACCACCAGGAUCGAGCACAUCGUCCGCAUUACGGGAAAGGGAGAAGACCCUACCGGAAUCUUCUCCGUCCUGCUCAACGGUUUGGGUUCCUUCUGCAAGCUCUGGAACUACCAGGGCGAGACCGUGCUGCGCUCAAAGGCCUUUGGGGGCCCCAACUCCGGCACCAACGAAAACGAGGGCAGCGUCGGAUACACCAUCGUCCGGCCGGGGGUCAUGGUGGAAGACCUAAAGGAAGACGAUCUCAAGCCCGGCCAGCGCCGUUACCUGGAGCUGAAGGGCAACGGGGGGAACGAUUUACCCGUGACGCCCGUUACCCGCCCGCAGAUCGCGGGUCUCCUAGCGGAACUGGCGGUGGGGGAGGCUGCUGGUGCGGGCCGCCGGCGAAGGGUGACGCUUGCGGCCAUGAACGUCGUUGCGGAGGACGAGGCCGGAGCCAGCGGCAGCGAUCUGCGGGACCGGAUCCGGGGCCUCGCCAGCGACUCGAGGAGCUUUCCGGACUCGCUGGUGCACGAGCACAAGUCGGCCACGAAGCGGUUUUUCCGGAGGCUGGCGGCGGCCGUGGCCGCGGUUGUGGUGGCUGCUGUGUCGCUUCUGGGCAAGGUGGUCCUGGGGUAGUUUCACACUUUGGCAAUCAUACCUUACCGUACAACACGGACGACCACCGACCAAAACCCGGCGGAGGCAGCUCCACCGUUCUCGAGUUUAGAAUGUUAGCUUUGUAUA